AAGUGUGUGUAGGGCACGGGGAAGUGCGUGCGCAUGCAGUAAGUGGUUCUCAUCAUUUCGGAGUCCCCAGCGAGGCGGAGCGCUUGUCAACCUGUGCCAAAUUGAUCAAUUAACAUACCACAAGGAAGCUUUCAGACCAUUGGUUCCAUCCUGCACCCCUAGCACUGUCAAACCAGCGGGCCUUAUAAGCCGGGGCUCUUGGUGGAGGGAUCAGAUUGUGCAUCCACGGUGCACAGAAAGGACGGACCGUCAUAGAUAGUCGUCUACAGUAGUAUACCACAUAUGUAGAGAUAAAACGUCGACCCUCGGUUAACUUAUUGCUGCUAAGAUUUUUUUGCUGUGAUAUAUUUUUUUUCCUGCGCAAGUAAUAGUUAGGCAUUGUCUUAUCGAAGUCUCCGCUACAAUUGCACAUUUUGGUCUGCGAACUGAGAAGAAAUGGGGGUCAUCACGGUCGUUUUGGUGGUAGGAGCUAUAGGCUUAAGCUGCCUUUAUUGGUACAAGAGAAAACGUAAACAGAACAUCUUCAAACAGAUGGGAAUUAAAGGACCCGAACCUAAUUUUCUGUUCGGCAAUCUACAUCAGUUAGGAGAAGAAAAGUUAUUGUACCAAAGAUAUCGAGAAUGGACGAAACAAUACGGGAAGGUGUAUGGGUAUUACGAAGGCUCCACCCCAGUCUUAGUAACGUCCGAUCUGGAAAUACUAAAGCAAGUUUUUAUAAAGCAGUUCAGCAAUUUUCAUGGCAGAAAGUUGUUUCCCCUGCAACCGCAUCCUGACACCGGGAGAGAGUGCCAUAUGCUGCUUACACGCGGAGACCGCUGGAAGAGACUGAGAACGAUAAUAAACCCAACUUUUAGUGCAUCAAAAAUGAAACAGAUGUGUCCUUUGGUCAAUAAAUGUGUUGACGUAUUUAUGGAAAAGAUUGAAGAAGAACGAACAAAUACGACAGAUGUUGAUUUGACAAAGUUAACAAAGCGUUUGACAAUGGAUGUGAUAAGCGAGUGCGCGUUUGGUGUGGAAAUACAAUGCCAGCAGCAACCAAACCAUCCAUUUUUACAAAGAUCAGCUAAAUUGUUUGAAAUUGCAACAGAAAGACCUUUCCUUUUGUUUACUGCCAUUUUGUUCCCAGAAUUAUCCCGGUUUUGGUGGGGGAUGCACCAACUUAUGGGCAUGUUCCGAGAGGAUGCCUUUAAAUGGCUCGCUCAGCAACUAGAAGAAGUCAUUAAUCUCAGGCGAAAAGAUCAAAAUCAUCGUCGCGUCGAUCUCCUGCAACUAAUGAUCGAUGCAGAGAAGUAUCCAAUUCACGAACUGCGCACAUCUCAACUCACCAUGACGUCAGACCAGAGUUCUUCCACUGAAGAUAAGCGCAGCAGAAGUAGCUCUUCAGACUUCAAUUGUAACCGUUACAGCACUCCCAACGGCUACACAAAUGGACACGUCAAUGGCUACGUCAGUGAACAUCAGACCCUAGCCAAUGGCCAUACGAAUGGACAUCUUAAUGGGCAUCUGAACGGGGCCUCAAAUGGACAUAAAAAUGGCCUUAAUGGAUAUAAAAAUGGUGCCAGCAAUGGUCACGUGAAUGGUAUCACCAAUGGUCACGUGAGUGGCGUCAAUAAUGGUCACGUGAACGGCACUACUACUAGUUUGAACGCAUCCACAAAUGGAAUCAACGAAGAAAGGGGCCAUCCUAAAAAUGGCGUCACGACGGGUCCCCAUAGCAACGUAAAUUUUGAUUUGAGUGAUGAAGUUUUUGACGAAAAAAAGCCAACGAAAUCAGGACUCACAAAAGAGGAAAUAAAGAACCAAAGCGUGCUAUUCCUAUUAGCUGGUUAUGAAACUUCGAAUACCCUGAUGCAGUUUCUGCUGUACGAACUAGCAAUGAACCCGUCAAUACAAGACAAAUUGCUGGCAGAAAUUGACGAACAGUAUGAAGAAAAUGAAGUGCCAACAUACGAGACCGUAACUCGUUUAAUUUACCUAGAUAUGGUGAUCUCUGAGACUUCAAGGUUAUAUCCCAUCUCAGCACUAUUCAUUAGCAGAAGGUGUAUGGAAUCGUGUGUGGUCAGCGGAAUCAGUAUACCCGAGGGGGUCACCGUCCAAGCAGACGUUUGGUCAAUUCAUAGAGACCCAGACGUAUGGGGAGAUAACCCAGAUACAUUUGACCCAGAAAGAUUUAGCCUUGAAAACAAAGUCAACCGUCACCCUUUAGCAUGGAUACCGUUUGGGGCUGGACCCCGAAACUGUGUGGGCAUGCGAUUUGCUUUGAUGGAAAUGAAAAUUACGCUAGUCAGAAUGCUACAGAAGUACACAAUCAAUAAGAGUGUGAACACACCCGAGAAAUUGACUCUAAGAGAAGGGGGCGCCAUAGUACCGCUGGAACACAUUGUGCUUUCGAUGGAGAGGCGGAGAAGGAUCCCCGCAACAGACUGAAUUUAUGGGAGAGAAACUACGAGAGAGUCUUAAGGCGGAGCUCUUAACAGUUCAAUUUCUAACUUACACCAAAGGGUUUAGUGGCAGAGCAUAAUGCAAAUUAAAGGACCGUCCGAAAUAGACAAACAAACAAAUUUAACAAUCUGCUCAUUAGAGAGAGGCGAUUGUUAAGAAAGAGAGAGGAUCAAGAACAAGAAUUUGCCAUGCUGUGUUCACGUGCACAAAUAAGGUGAAAAUCUGGAUGAAGUGGUCUGUUCCGUCACAACAGACCAUGAAUUUUAUGGGGGAGGGGGGAAUUAUUCAAAGCAGUAUUGGACAUAUGUUACUGUUUUUCUUGACUGCAUGCAUUUAUUCAUUAUCAGGUGCAAGAAAAUGGUUGUUAAAAUCAAAAACGUACACAACUUAUGGAUUGUGAUACUUUCUGAUUCAUUAAUCUUUUUUUUUUGUAUAUUUAUUUAUUGUAGAAUUAUAUGCCAAAGAUUUAAUUAUACGUGUGGAUGUAUUCGUAUGCCUAUAUAGAUGACGACGUUUGGCUCCUGCUUUUUGGGAUAACUUAAAAAGUGGAAACGUUAUCCUGGUCAGUAUUAAUCUUUCCCUGCUUUAGCUGACAGGGAAAAGCUUAGUGGAUUACGACGUAAAAAAGCAUGACCUUUGAAUUAAUGUUGAAAUCUAACAGAUAAAUUAUUUCCAUUUUCAUUUGCAAAUAUUUAACAGAAAAAAAAGAAGUUGUUAAAUUGUCACCAAGUGGUUUGCGCCAAAGGACUCUUUGUGACUGACACUGCUAGUUAUAUUUAUUCAAAUUAACUGAACAGAAACGAAUCUGCAUCGAAAAAUUAGACCAAAGCAAUGAAUCGAUGAAUGUUUCAUACAAGGUUGGUCAAGAAAUUAUUAACUCUCUGGUUCUUGUCAAUACGACAGUUUAUUUUUUUAACUUUUUCCCCGAUGUAUGUUGAUGCUAAUUUGACCUACCUCAUUACGACUACCAAUGGGUUUGGUUAUGAAAAAAUCAAAAGAGUAAUCCACUAAUAAAUUAUCGUAUUUAUAUGCGCUAUUUAUAUAUGUCAUAUUUAUAGAUGUUGAAUUGGGUGCGUAGACAUAGCAUCAAUGCAAAUAAAUGUAUAUUGAAGACAAUGAUAUAAACGUGAACUUACGUAUAUGAGUGAAAUUAUUUCUGUAUAAUAUAACAUUUAGCGUGAUGAACUGUACAUCAACAAACAAUUAAUGAUAUUUUAUUUGAUGAAUAUAUUUUUGUAAUUUUGUAGUCUCUCGCCUGCAUGUCAUUUUCUGUUUGAAAGGUAGUGUGCAUUACGCAUUAUAUCAAAGUCCAUGGUGCAAAAUAAAUGUAUGUUUGCUAUACGCCCCUAGUUGCCAUUCAGUCACAGAAUUUGGUUAUAAGAUAGAUGAAGGUGAAGAUGCACAAAUAUCCCAAUUUUCCAUAGCUGAUUCAUUUUACCUCAAGUUCUUGUAGGUUGUUUGUCCACAUCCAUGGGUCCUUUAGUUUUCCUUUUUAACUGCAUAUCGUGAAAUGGGGUCUCGUUAUAAUUAAGCACAAAUGUGUAAAUGUUUUUGACUAUGACAUUUAUAUAUAAUAUAUUAACGUAUAUUAAAAUGUAUUGUUGAAUAAAUUACAACUCUAUG